AUGGAAUGUCGGGUAGAAAGCCCGAUUUACCCCGAUGCUCACUAUCCUCAGGUAAAAUAUACUACGAGCCACGGCGAUUUUAUCGUCGAGCUGAACCGCCGCCGGGCACCCGUAACCGUUAACAAUUUUUUGCGUUACGUGGACCAAAAAGCCUUCGAUAACACUAUUUUUCAUAGGGUUAUCGCUAAUUUUGUGGUUCAGGGCGGUGGUUAUCACCCCGACCUGACGUCCGUCGAUGAAGGCGAGGCCAUUAUGAACGAAUCGGGUAAUGGCCUGGCUAAUCAGCCAGGAUCCAUCGCUAUGGCCCGUCACGAUGAUCCCCACAGCGCGAGCUCCCAGUUCUACUUCAAUAUGAAAGACAACGAAAGCCUGGACCCUGGCCGGCGUAACUGGGGCUAUACGGUGUUUGGUGAGGUCAUUGAAGGCUGGGAAGUGGUGGAGGCUAUCAGUCAGCUGCCUACCGGGUUUUCUGAGGACUUGGGCGCCACUGAUGUGCCGACAGCUAAUGUCAUUGUGAAUCAGGUUAGGCUGGUUGAGCAAUAA